GCUAGAGUUAUUACUGAGUCACUUUAGCACGUUGGUGUGUUUGAGUCGUGGGUUGGAUUUAAGAACGUUAAGAGAAAUCUAUCGUAAAAUCGUGCAGUUUGAGAAGUAACAGUUAGUAGUUCAACAAGGAGUCGAGAACGAAGGCCGCUGUACUGCCAUUAUUUACUAUACAAAUGUAUUGUCAUUAUUAGGCUGCUGCAGCCAAAUUUCGCCUAGAAGUCAACUGUGUGAAGCCAUAGCAGUUCAGACAGCUUGCUAGAGAACGUGGCCGUCAAAUGGCAGGUUUGGUAAUGGAAGCGACUUUCUAUGAUGAAGCUCCCACUCGUCACAUGUCUGAUAUACGCAUGUUGAAGAGAAAUAUGACGCUGGAUUUUGACAGUGUGAAAAAUAAUUCUCGUCAAAAGUUUGAUCCUCUUCUGACUUCGCCUGACUUGAAAAUGUUAAAACUGAGCACACCAGAACUAGAGCGUUUUAUAACACAAAAUGGAGGAGUGAAUUCGACAUCGACUCCUUCACAGUUUUUUCCCAAAUCUGUUACUGAAGAACAAGAUCAAUAUGCUAGGGGUUUUGUGGAAGCUCUCAACCAUUUACACCAAUCUACGGCUCCUAGUGCAGGCAACAUUGUCCCACAACCAGUACCCACAGAUUCUAUGUCCCUUCCAUCGGUUACGGCUGUGAGCAACAGCACGUGCACCAUGUUACCAUGUCAGCCACCUGCAUUGACCCAACCAAACGUCACUUUAGCAGUCUCUGACUGUAUGCAGCCCUCGGCUUUAGACCCCGCCCUGUGUGCCACAACAAGCGCCCAACAUUACACAGUAAAUUCGAACGUUGGUUACCCGAUUUGCCGGACGGCAACGACGACCGUAGCAACGAGCGGCAGAUACUUUUCGGGUCUAGUGAAAGACGAGCCUCAGACAGUGCCUAGCCUCGGCCAAUCUCCACCGCCAAUGUCACCUAUCGACAUGCAAGACCAAGAGAGAAUUAAACUGGAAAGAAAAAGACUUCGUAAUCGUAUUGCAGCUAGUAAAUGCCGUCGCCGCAAGCUGGAAAGAAUCGCAAAAUUGGAAGAUAAAGUUACAAUGAUGAAAGGCGAAAAUAGUGAAUUAGGAGCAAUAGUAAACAAACUUCGAGAACAAGUUGCUUCUCUUAAGCAACAAGUACUGGAGCAUGUUAAUAGUGGCUGUCAAAUUAUGAACAGUAACGUAAUGUGCUUUUAACAAUUUAGUAGUAACAUCAUAUUCAUAUUGUACAUACCGCUUUAACUUUGAAACUAGUGAUCAAAGAGUUUGAGAUUUGAAUAUGCAGAAAUUGAGUCGGAAGAUGGCUUACCGCCUGUGAAAUUUCAACACUUCAUAUUGUAUUACAACUACUAGUAGUACUGUACAAGUCAAGGCUUGUAUUGUGUGGAGGCUUCCAAAAACUGAGUGAUAUUAUUAUGUGGCCUUUUAAAAUUUGCUCAGUUACUUUGAAAUGGGAGAAUUUUCGUUCAGUUUUCCCGUCCCAUCUAGGAAGUUAAGAAUAAGAGAGUUUUAUUGCGUAUUUAAAUAUGAAACAUUGUAAAACUAAAAGGUCUGUAAUUUGGUAAGUGAUAAUAUUUGCAAUAAAUAUUAGGCCUAAAAUAAUGUAUUACGUAUAUCUAUAGUCUGAAACAAUAGUGACGUCUGUGGUUAAACUUAAAGUUUAAACCUAUAAAGUAUAAUAUUAAUUUUGAUGUAGCAUGCAUACUGAGACUGUAACUUGUAACAUAGGUGACGGCCUUUUAAUAUUUUUAUACAAGAUUUACAGUUUAUGACUCGUGCUUUGUCGAAGAAAAUUUUUUGUAAACAAAAGUGAUGUUACUGUAUAACUUAUCUAGAUUUUGGUAAUUAAGCAAUCUGACAAGAUUUGUAAUGAUGUUUGCUCGUAAAACUUCAAUAUAUAUAU